AUGUGUCCAGUUACUGAAAAUAUAGAUACCGCUGCGGAUAUAGAGACUUCUGCGCAGAACUCGAUUUCGAACCCAGAAUCGGUUUUUUCAGAAGGCGAUGAAGAGAGUUAUGUUUUAGGAUACGAUGAACGCGUUUACGAUCAAACAAAUACUAGUGAUCCAGUGAUAAACAUGGAGCGAGUUAGAACCAUCAGAUCAUUGAACUCCGAUAUUCCGGACAAGUUCAGUGGAUGGGGUUUACUUUCCGCUAUCGGUUGUGCCUUAACGAACUUUAAUACCUGGGGAGCUAACUCGGCCUACGCAUUGUAUUUACAGGAGUACGUUAAUAAUGACAUCUUUCCUGGUACCCCUAAAAUUAUUUUUGGAGUUAUUGGAGGAUUAACAUUUGCUUCUGGUUUGAUUUUUGCACCAUUAAUUAAUUAUCUUGUUGGCGUCAUUGGUAUCCGUCGUACUAUCAUUAUCGGUACCUUUAUUCAGUUUGCAGGUGUGCUAAUGGCAUCCUUCUCUAUUAGGAUCUGGGAGCUUGUUUUGACGCAAGGUUUUCUUCAAGGUUUAGGCAUGGCACUUGUCUCUGUGCCUAGUGUUAUCAUUGUUCCCCAGUGGUUCAAAGGUGGCCCCGGUGGAAAAAGAAAUCUAGCCGUGGGCCUUGUAACCGCCGGUUCUGGUAUCGGUGGUAUUGUCUAUAACAUCGGCAUGGAGCCAAUUUUGAGGCAGCAUGGUUGGGAAUGGGCAUUGAGAACUCAGGCCAUUAUGUGCUUUGUCCUCAACAUCGCUGCCUGCUUUUUGAUGAAGAGCAGAAACGACAAGAUUAUGCCGAUUUAUAAAAUAUAUGACAAGGAUGUUUGCCGUACCUUUGGUACCUACGUGAUGAUGGCAUGGAAUGUGUUCACUAUGCUUGGAUACGUGACUUUAAUGUAUAAUUUAGGAGAUUUCACUCGGUCUAUGGGAUACGGUACAGAGGAGGCAUCUGUAGUUUCCACUAUGGUGGCCGUUGGUAUUAUCUAUGGCCGUCCCAUAGUUGGUAAGAUAGCAGAUAUCAUUGGUCCUAUUCAGACAACAAUCAUAGCUAGCUGGUUAGUUGGGCUUUUUUCAUUUGCAAUGUGGCUUCCCUGUAAGAAUUAUGCUACAGCUAUAGUGUUUGCAUUGAUUGAAGGCUCGCUUAUGGGUACUCUCUGGUUUACUAUGGCCACAAUCAAUGGUGCUGUCGUUGGUUUGAGAAAAUUUGGAAUUGGUAUGUCGAUGUCGUGGGUCUCUGUUGGUGUAUCUGGUAUGAUUUCACCUAUCAUUGGUAUUUCUUUGAAAAGUGGGGGACCUGCAAGUCGAACUCAGUACAGAGAUCCUGCGAUUUUCGUUGGGUGCGUUUACUUCGCGGCAGGCCUCUGUCUAUGCGUUCUAAGAGGCUGGCUAAUCUCCAGAAAUAAACUUGCAGCAAACACUAAAACAGAGCAGGAAAGGUUAGAAGUUCGAGUGCCCCUGAAAGAUGCACUUGUGGAAAUAUUCAGAUGGGAAACUCACAGAGUUUAG